AUGUAUAUGCGCGAAGUCUACGUCGAACGUGAUAUUCCGACGUUGCGGCGAUUCAUCCAAGAGAACCCCCUGGGCCUUCUGAUCACCGCGCUGCAGUCAUCCACAUUCCCAACCAUUCAAUGCAGCCAUGUGCCUUGGAUGCUCGACAUUGACGAUGAGGCAAGCGAGACGGAACUGGGAAGACUACGCGGUCACCUUGCAAAGCCUAACCCACAGUCCAAGGUUCUGGUGGAAGCCGUGCAAGCCAGCUCAGCUUCAAACGGACGGCUUCGCGAGGAAGUCUCGGUCGUCUUCAACGGGCCUGCACAUUCCUACGUGACGCCCAAGUUCUACACCGAGACCAAACCCAGCACCGGCAAAGUCGUGCCGACGUGGGAUUAUUCUGCCGUCCAGGCCUACGGGAUCGCCACAGUGUACUUCGACACCAGCGCCCCAGAGACCGGCGAGUUUCUUCAGCGCCAGAUCAGUGACCUCACCCACCAUGCAGAGACCAGUAUCAUGGGAUACACAGGGGGUGACCGGCUAGAACCGUGGGAGGUCACCGAUGCACCAGAGCGGUAUAUCGACCUGUUGAAGAAAAACAUCAUCGGGGUGGAAAUCGAGAUCACCCGAUUAGAUGGCAAGUUCAAGAUGAGUCAAGAACUGGGAAAGGGAGACCUACAGGGGUUGGUCAAAGGGUUUCAAUCCCUGCAGACAGAAAAUGGCUCCAGGAUGGCGAAGACGAUCGAGGAAAGGGGACAGAUCAAGGUAUCCCGUGCCUCUGGCUAG